UUUUCUUUUCUUGCUAUGCAGUUUUCCCCGUGGCGUCCACAACUGACUCCGUGUUCGCCUCGUGUUUUAGCGGACAUGGGAGAAAACAAAUCAAAUCAAAACUGCUCAUGUAAGUUGUCGUGAGAGAGGAGAGGGAGAGAGGGGGAAUUUACUUGUGCCCUACUUUUUACACAGAGAGGAAAAAGGUUCUCUUCAUAUUUUCAAUUCAAUCGUUUGAAAUUAAUUCUGGGACUACCCCUGCUAAAGUCGAUCACUAUCCUCACUCUUCAGUAUCUUAUAUUUGGCAUCCAUCUGGGUAUUUGGGUUCUGGAUCUUGGAGUGGAAUUCUUGAACAAAGGCUAAUUCUUGAUUGAAAUUUGAAACCAGAGGGAUUCUUUUUUAAGAAUGAAGGAUGCUUUUCGCCCAAGGAUUCUACUUGUGAUGUAAUAUGGCACUGUUGCUGGCUGUUGCACACAUACAAGAUGUCGCUUUACAUUGGUCGCGAGGCUUCAAAGUUAUGGAAGAGAUUUUGUGCGGAGAUCACAGCAGAAAUCGACCUUCUUGCAAAAUACUGGAAGUAUAUUUUGGGGGGUCUAAUUUGCCAGUACAUACACGGGCUAGCGGCUCGAGGAGUUCAUUAUCUACACCGGCCUGGACCGAUGCUUCAGGAUGCUGGCUUCUUUCUUCUUCCGGAGCUCGGGCAGGACAAAGCUUACAUUAGUGAAUCUGUUUUUACCAUAAUUUUUCUGUCUUUCGUCUUGUGGACUUUCCAUCCUUUUGUACUGAAGAGCAAGAAGAUCUAUACAGUACUAAUAUGGUGCCGGGUCUUGGCUUUCUUAGUCGCUUGUCAAAUUCUUCGUAUAAUAACUUUCUAUUCUACCCAGCUGCCAGGUCCAAAUUAUCACUGUCGGGAGGGUUCAAAGCUUGCAAGACUUCCUCGCCCGGACAGUGCUAUAGAAGUUCUCUUGAUUAACUUUCCCCGGGGUGUGCUUUAUGGUUGUGGCGACUUGAUAUUUUCAUCGCACAUGAUAUUCUCUCUAGUCUUUGUGAGAACAUAUCACAAAUACGGCACGCAAAAUUUUAUGAAGUACUUUGCGUGGUUAACUGUUGUGAUUCAGAGCUUGUUGAUUGUGGCAUCCCGUAAGCAUUACACGGUUGAUAUCAUCGUGGCAUGGUAUACUGUCAAUCUGGUUGUGUUCUUUGUUGAUAAGAAGUUGCCAGAACUUCCGGACCGUUCUAAAACAGCUCCAUUCCUUCCCAUGGCCAAGGAUAACAUUAACAGGACCAAACUAAACAAUCACGUACAGCUCAAUGGGAAUUCUGCGGAUUCUUCGACGGAUUGGGUUGUUGAUACAGGUAUCAAUGGUGUUGGAGUGUAGAUGAAAACGCAGAAUUUGCCUCUGCUGAAACAGCCAGUGCCGCUACCACGAGUCCUAAAUCCAUACACUUGUAAUCUUCUUCAGGCUACGGAUUUUGAAAUGUAUCGACGAGUGGCAUCAACAGUGCCAUGUUGAGUCAAUCCAUAAUUUUAAUCGCCACAAUUUAUGUUUA